AGACGCCUCCCGAAAACCGAGACGACCUUUAAUAUCCCUUCGGAAAAAUUCCCUUUCCGUCGACGAAACCGAAAACGCCAAAGAUAAUUUCCUCCCUGUCCAAAGUUAAGUUCCCCCCACCGAAGGGGACGUUUAUUUUACCCGUUAUGCGCCAAAUUACUUCCGAACUGUCGGAAACACCCCGAAAAAAGGGGCCGAAAGUCGUCCGGUCUCCGGACUUUCUUAACUCUCGGCUGCCAGAACCCCGUUUAUUACGCUUCCUUCCUUUAAUUACGCAGUUACCUCGUUAAGAGUGUGACAAAUUCGAGGGUCGACUCUUCUUCGUCCCGGUUAAUUAUUUGUAUCCCGCUAUUUGAACCUUUCGAACUCGGCCGCUUCCGGUAAUUUUUUUCGGAAGUGGUCGGCACGCGGGCCAAGGCGGAAAGUGGAAGGGAAGGGGUGGAACCGGGCCGAUCGAAACGCCUUCCUACGUUCGAGUAAGGCGCCGCGGCCGAAGUGUCGAGUGUCGUUGCCCGGAGAUUUUCGGACGUACCCUCGAGAUGGUUAUUUUGGUCUCGCCCGCCGCGCCGGCGAGAGCGACGCGACGCGCCCAUUUCGGCUCGGUCGACGUCCCGUUCCUAAAUUACCAUCCCCCCUCCCGGAUCUCGAUUAUCCAUGACAUCAACGGAACGGACCGAACGGGACGAAAAUUUAACUACAACCGCGUUGGCUAAACACUAACGUGGGGUCUAAAGUAGUGUUUUCUGCACGCUCGACGCGUAUAAUCGCUCCCGAACGUAAGAAAGGCGCAUCGUCCCUGCCAGUUUUUAGUAGUCAAAACAAUCACUUCAUCGUCGACCUUACACUAAUUAACAGAAGUAGCCUCAUUUCGGGGUCUCCCCGUACAAAUAUACAAAUGCAAAUAUAAGGAAAUGUGGGACGAGACGAGUCGAGUUUCCAGUUUAAUGCCAUUAACACCGAGUAACAGAAUAUUCGUGAGUAAAAUUAACGUUAAAAAAAAGGGGGGCAAAUUUUUAAUGCUCCCUUUUAAACUAUCGAAUGUUUCCGCGCCACGAUUGUCAUAGUGCUUUUUAUUACUUUAUUACUAUUAUUUUUUUAAGGUUUAGUUUCCGACGUCCUUCGUUCUAAGUAAUUACGACUUCAGACCCUCCUUUAAUCGAGGCUAAGUGUCUUUCUCCCCCACACUUUAUUACGAUAUUUUCUAUUUCCUCGGUCGAUUCGAACACUAAAUACGGUGUAAAUUAACACUACAGGGGUGGAAAUUUCGUUGGGAUCUCCCAUUUAUAAACUUAUAACGCACGGGCGCAAAAACAACUCCUGCGGUAUCCUACUAUGAGCUAUUGUUUGUUUAUGCGCGUGUAUAGAAGCACUCGAAUUUGGGGUAGUUCCCGAAGAGGGGGACUCGGAGUGAAGGGGAACCACUACAACCGCCUGGUAAUGUUUUAUCAAUUUAGGCCGGGUGGCCUGUUUUCGUAAGAGAUGGGGUCAAAGUAUAGAGGGAACUGACGGGGUUUACUCCAUUUUUUAUAUUUUCUUCACUCGAUUACGGUUUGUAAUGUUUCGUUAGCGAAAUUUGUGCCACAAAAUAUAAAAAUAUUCCGGUUGGUCCGGCAAACUUUACCCACUUCGGCCAAUUAAACCCGAAGCGUUUUGUGUGUUUUCACUUGUUUCGGUAUAAUAGCCCUUUAACAAUAAUCGCUUUUAAAAAGAAAAUCACGCGAAAUUCCUUCUUUCCAAAUGGUGCGAUACAUUGGCUACCGUCGAGUGCCGAAAAUAAAUAUAGGCUACGAAAUAGGUUGUCGAGUUUAAGAAAGACUUUCGCUCCAUUAAAUUUAUAGGAGAAGUUCUAAUACAUCUCUACCGACUAUGAAUAAACUCGGGCUCCUAUACGAUAUAUUAAAUAAUAGGAUUUGUAAUAAAGGGCGUUUGACACACACACACACACACACACGUUAGUGUUUGCAAAGUUUGUGUCGGGGAGAGCCGCCUAGUUUAGGCCGCGCCUGUGGCAUCGUCACCUACACAAUUACCCAGUCUUGUCUACAUUAAUGACGUAACACGGGAGAGACCGCCGUAUUAUUAAAUAUACCACCGUUGACCCGGAGAAGAUGCCAGAAGAGGUCGACGUAGAUCACCUGGGACCCCGAGAUCCGCGGCCGGGCACGCCGGCCUCCGAAACCAAAGAGGCUCUGCCCCCGACUUCCAUGGAUUGUCUUCCAGAAGACGGCCUCGUCUCGUCCGCCUCACCCGUCCCGCCCACAGACGACCCACCCGCCGUCAACGGCCACCGCGGCCGGGAGGAGAGGACCAACGGGAUGGUCAAGGAGCAAACGCGCAUCAGACAGUUCCUCAACAGGAACGACACGGCGGUCGUCUUCCCUCGGCCGGUCGACGUCGACCGCGACCGAAAAGAAGUGGCCGAGACCUUGGGCACCCUUCUGAAGUGUCCACAUUGCGACUUGGUGCUAGCCGGACACUCUUCCAUCGCGGAACACGUCGAGGCCGUUCACGGCCCCUUUCGAGCCGAAUCAACGCACAGGUGCAACAAAUGCAAUGCAGUCUUCACGCUUAGAGAUCAUCUAGAAAAGCACGCGGUCGUCCAUUCCUCAAAUGUCCAGUCCUGCAAGGUGUGCAAUAAGACCUUUGCCAACGUCUACCGUCUACAGCGACAUAUGAUCAGCCACGACGAAAGCACGGUCCUCAGGAAAUUCAAGUGUCCCGAGUGCGGCAAGGCUUUCAAGUUCAAACAUCACCUGAAGGAGCACAUCAGGAUCCACAGCGGAGAGAAGCCCUUCGCCUGUCCCAACUGCGGAAAGAGGUUCUCGCAUUCGGGGUCCUACUCGUCGCACAUGACUAGUAAGAAGUGCCUGGUCAUGAACCUGAAGGUGAAGAAGCUCGAAUCGAAAUCGUCACGGGGCAGAUCUUCGCAGCCAAACAAUUCUUUCCGCCCAAUCAUUCCAAAGUACGACGGAGGAGGAAAUGGCAGAGACUCGACUCCACCAACAUCCACUUAUCUGUCUACCUCAGAACGCUUCCAGAAUUACGACUUUCAGAAUCAGCCACCCGUCGUCCAAUCUUUCCUGCCAUCGAGCUACUAUCAGCCGCUGACGUCCGUCAACUACUCCACGUCCUCCUUCGUCCGAAUGACCACCUACCCGGACUUGGGUCAGGUGGUGCAGGGGCCCGAGUCCGACUCGGGCCUGGAAGCGCAAGAAGCCAACCAAGACAUGAAGGCGGUCAAGAAGAUCCUGGAGAUCGUGGGUGCCACGGUCUCCAAGCAGAAGCAGGAAGCCAGCAACGGCGUUUCCGAGCAGUCCGUGGGCAAAAGCGAGGCGUCGGAAGACGGCGGCGACAAGUGCAAGCACUGCGAAGAGCGUUUCGACAGCCGUUUGGAGCAAGUGCACCACGAGCGUUACCUCUGCAGGAACAACCCGGAUUCCUCCCUGGAAGAAGGCAGAUGCGAAGAGGCAACGGAGGAGGAGGACGAGGCGGCCGGUAAAGAUCAGGCGGACGGCAUUUUGAACGAGGAAACGCUCCAAAUUCUAAAGGACUACUAUAACGCUAAUCCUUGGAGAAAAGAGUUCGAGGUGAGCAGAAUAGCCCAGGAGCUCGGUUGCUCCUCUCAACUAGUCGAAUUCUGGUUUCAGAGCAUGCGUACCCGCGAUAAAUCUCUGAAUUGCAGAUCGGAGCCUAUUCACGUACCAAAGUACAAACCACAAACUCCCUUGAGAACUUCCCCGUACACUCCGGUGGUCCCUCAUUAUAACGGUGCCAUUCCUCUCCAAUGGUACUCGCAGAGACAGCAUAGAGAGACCGGCGACACACUGCCUUUGCAGUGUCUAACUACUAUCUCGGUGUUCAACGAACCUUACACAGCAGACGACAACGAACAACCUUUAGACCUGUCCAUGAAAGGAGGCCACAGGGAAUUUCAGGUUCUCAAUCUAAGUCAAAAAUCCAAAGAUUCCAGCGAUGGAGAAACGUCGAGCCAACAGGGUUCCGCCAGUCCCAGAAACGUAGAAACCUCGCCGUUAUACAAGUACGUGCAGCAGCGAGGGAGUCUCUUGUCCGGAACGUGUGCCACCUCGCUCUCGCCCAAGUCGCAAGACGAAGAUCACUCUUCGACCGUUCAGUCGGCUUCCUUUUCUCUUUCGCCCUUCGGUGGCGACGGGGGUAGAAGAUCUUCCUCUUCCGACACGGGUUCCACGGGGGAAACCGUGCUGGAAGACACGGACGGAGAAACGGGAAGCCCCAAAUUGAAGAGGAUAAGGAAGAAAACGUGGAAGCAGAUGGAAGCGGAAGAGAGCCACAGCGCAGUGGAGGACAGUGCCGAGGGCGAGGAAGAAAGUGGUGGCAAACGUCGAAAGUCUUGGAAGCAGCAUCGACUCGAGAGCGAAGAGGGCAUGUAUGGGUGCGACCAAUGUGAUAAGAUGUUCAGUAAGCAAAGCUCGCUAGCGCGUCACAAGUACGAACAUUCAGGUCAAAGGCCCCACAAGUGUGACGUGUGCAACAAGGCUUUCAAGCACAAACACCAUUUGACCGAGCAUAAGAGGCUGCAUAGCGGCGAGAAACCGUUCCAGUGCAAGAAGUGUUUCAAGCGUUUCUCUCAUUCUGGAUCGUACAGCCAGCACAUGAAUCAUAGGUACAGUUACUGCAAACCGUAUCGCCAAUGAUCGGGUGUUCUCCAGAACGUGUAACGUACCCAUGGUCGACCAACGAAGCCAAAGAUUUUCGUGGAUACCACGAAACGUGCCAAAACUGUUAUUGCCCAGUUUUCUGUAUAGAAGUGGCAGCCUGCCAGGGAAGAAGAGGCGCGCAACGUGUUCCUCCGCAGGAACUGUCUAGUCGGUGCCUCACUUCAUUCACAAAAGCGAGAGAAUACUCACGUGUUAGAGGAAUCAAAGUAUGCCGUACCAUCAAUGUUACUGUAGUAUCCAUUGUUGAUCUUUUCACCUGUUCAUCGAUGCAGCUACCAAAUAUUCUAGUUUUCUGAAUUUCAUAGAUCUUUAAUGGUUUCCCGUUGAUUAGUAGCCUAAUCGGCGGACGUGUGCUUGUGACUGUUUUCGUGUCUUUUAAAGAAAGGUGCUUCGCUACAGAAACCUCCCGUGACGGGCGGUAGUGAGCUAAACCACAACGAGAUUUUCCUUGGGUUUAUUUUCCGUUUCCAAUAAAAAAAAAAAAGACAAAAAGCCACGGAAAUACACCAUUUCCAAAACUGCCUUAUGUUUGGUGAUGUGCUGUGCCAAAGAAUGUUCCUAGAACUUCAUCUGUUACGUCAUAACGGUGCAUGCUGCUAAAUCGGAGUGAUAUGCAAGUCACCAAAGAACAGUUUUAGUCCAGACGUCGGCGAGUAUGAUUGUCGAAUGCUCAAACUCGCCGACGGUUGUUUCCGUUCUGUUUAGCCAAAGAAUCUCACGGUUGGAUCCGAGAAUGGACGUGGGUACGGAGCCAAACUCUCUGAGCCAUUCCAGCGAUCGGGCGCGACGUCUCGCGCCAGGAACAUUUCUGUACAUAUUCUACGUCAUAACUGUUCAUCCUCUUUCCUUUUUUUUUUUUUUUUUAUAUCUGCGUGUGAGUGGCGUCCAAGUCGCAGUUGCCGCCGGCCGUCCGGGCGGGAGCAGAAUGUCUUCCACUUCGGAACCGAACCGUCGAUCCAGCACAAUUCCUAGCAGUGACGUCAGGCCAACUCCCCGAGUGGCCACUCGGGACGGCCACCCCCGGAGAUCCAAAAAAAAAAAAAAA